AUGGCGGGCUUUAAGCUGAUUGCCAAGCGGAUGGCGCCUGGGCCUACAGCAGUGCAGUCCAUGGCCAUCUGGGGCGGCUGCUUGGGCGUGACAGCCUUGUGGCUGACCCAGCCGUUUGAUUAUGUGAGCUGGACUUGGAGGGGUGUGCUGCAGCUGAUCAAGAAGCAGCUCGGCAUGGACAAGGAUGACAAGUGA